CCUAGCCCGACUGACCUGCCCUGCCCCUGCUCUGUUCGCAGGCUCUCCCAGUCUCCCUCCCCUGACCGCGGCGCCGCCGAACGCGCCCCGGUCUAGAAUUCCAGAUCCUAGGCACCCGCAACCACGCCUCUAUUCCUCCUUCCGAAGUCGCCGCCGCCGCCGUCCUCAUCUCCCCCGCACUGUCGUGGAGUGGGAUCCAUCUGGACUCGAAAUUUCCUCUCUCGCUGAUUAGGUUUUUAAAUUGGCUGAAAUAAAAUUCUUUGCCGGACGGAUAUAACAAGGCCUACCUGAGAAGGAGAUUAGGUCAUAAGAAGCGGUUGGGAUUAGUGUUAUUUUGCAAGAACUCCAGACCUGUUAUGUCUUGGGACUGCAGGUCUGAGUAGCUGCUCCUUUUUUGGGCAGUUAACCUCAAUGUUCAAAAUGAAUGGGCUUCUAUUCAGUUGGACCUAUUCUGAAUCAUGGCGGAGCACUUGGCUUCGAUAUUUGGUACAGAGAAAGAUAGAGUCAACUGCCCAUUUUACUUCAAGAUUGGGGCUUGCCGUCAUGGGGAUCGUUGCUCCCGUCUCCAUAACAGGCCAACCAUAUCACCGACUCUUGUGCUGGUUAACAUGUAUCAACGCCCUGACAUGAUCACCCCUGGGGUUGAUGCUCAAGGCCAGCCAAUUGAUCCUCGCAAGAUGCAGGAGCAUUUUGAAGAUUUUUAUGAGGAUAUCUUUGAGGAACUGAGCAAGUUUGGUGAGAUUGAAAACCUCAAUGUCUGCGACAACCUUGCUGAUCACAUGAUAGGCAAUGUCUAUGUCCAAUUCAGGGAGGAAGAUCAGGCAGCUGCAGCUCAUACAGCCCUUCAGGGCCGCUUUUACUCUGGCCGGCCAAUUGUUGUUGACUUCUCCCCAGUUACUGAUUUUCGUGAAGCAACCUGCAGACAGUAUGAGGAGAACAGCUGCAAUCGUGGGGGAUAUUGCAAUUUUAUGCAUGUGAAGCAGAUUGGUCGGGAUCUGAGGAAAAAGCUCUUUGGGCGUUACAGGAGACCAAACAGGGGAAGGAGCCGCAGCCCUAGCCCACAUCACAGGAGGGAGCAUCGUGACCGAGAUGAUUACCGUGGCGGUGGUGGCGGUGGCCGUGGCCGUGAUGACUACCGUGGUGGCGGUGGUCGUGGCCGUGAUGACUACCAUGGUGGUGGUGGUGGGCGCAGGGGUGGAGGCAGCAGGCAUGAAAGGUACGAUGAUGGAGGGAGGCGCAGGCAUGGUGGCAGCCCCCCUCCCAGGCGUGCAAGAAGCCCGAUCAGGGAGAACAGCGAGGAGCGCAGGGCUAAGAUUGAGCAGUGGAACCGUGAGAGGGAGGAAAAACAAGGGUGAGCCCCUUCAAGUCUGGCAAGGCAGGUUACUGGUGCCGUUCUAUGCUGUGUGUGGGAGAUUGCUAUGUUGUCAGAAUUAUUUUAGUUUGAUGAUGUGUAGUGUAGGGCAAGGAUACUAAUUUAUUUUGCCCAUUAAGACUCUGAAACUGUCAUUUGUGUGUUGCCAAAAACAUUUCUGUCUGGCUGUUGUGCGUUCCACACCAUUCUACAAUGCAGCUUUCGUAUGGUGCCUUAUGAUAA